AUGAACAUCGAAGUGCACAACAUCACUUACACCAGUGCCACAGUCUCCUGGGCCACAAACAACCCUUGUCCGGAGAAUUACUACCACGUCAUGUACCGCCCCAACUGGAACAGCGUCUUCGCCGGCUAUUUACGCCAAAACUUCCACCGUGAGGAGCGAGUUCCCCACUCCCUCAGCUCCCUCGUCCUCCACCGACUCACGCCCUCUACCAUCUACGUCCUCUGCAUCACGUGCAAGAACUCCUACCCCUCCAGCAACCACUGCACCACGUUCCACACCCUGGACCAACCCCCCCUGCUUUUCGGCGGCUCGAAGCACGAGCCCACCACCUCCAUGUGGAUGGUGAGCAGCCUGCUGCUGCUCUGCUUCAUAGCCCUCUUGGCCUACGGCUGCCUGCAGUUCUGGUCGGCCCGGUGCCGUGGGGCUUCCAGGCUGAAGGAGCCUGAUGGCAGCUCAGAAGAAGUGGGCGAAGGCAGCAGCUCGCUGGAUGGUCCCUCGAGCGACGGACUGAAAGAAGAGCUUCUGGAAGUGCCCAUGACCACUGUGCUAAUGAGGAGCUCCAGUUUCAUGAGGGAGAGCCCAUAUAGUUCCCCCCGCUGCUUCUUCCCCUACAAGAACAGCGAUGACAGGAGGGCCAUCUUGCCGCAACACGGCCUUCAGUGA